CAUCUGGGGGGUCUAGGGGUGGGGAUGGACCCCCACAGCCACUUCACAGAGCACGCCCCUCGGCCCCCCGUGCCUGGAGAAGAGGGGGGUGACCGUGACCCCCACCGCCUCCCCUCCAGCCAUGGAGGCCGCCCCACCACCCAGUCCACCUACUACCCCCCCUCCAAAACAGACCCCUCCUUCCGUAGUAGCGAGCCCCCAUCCUCGGCCACCCCCACUCCCAGGCGGCCGGACCUGGACCUAGGGUACGAGCCUGAGGGCAGCGCCUCCCCCACGCCUCCCUACCUGAAGUGGGCCGAGUCGCUCCACUCUCUCCUGGAUGACCAGGAGGGCAUCCAGCUGUUCAAGGGCUUCCUGAGACAGGAGGGCUGUGGGGACCAGCUUGACUUCUGGUUCGCCUGCUCCGGCUUCAGGAAGAGCAGCCAGGAGAAGAGGCCCAAGCUGGCCAAGGCCAUUUACAGGAAGUAUAUCCAGGAUAGUAACGGGAUCGUGUCGAGGCAGAUUAAACCAGCUACCAAGAGCUUCAUCAGAGACUGUGUGGUUAGACUGCAUCUGGACCCUGCCAUGUUCGAGCAGGCCCAGACAGAGAUCCAGAGCACCAUGGAGGAGAACACCUACCCUCUGUUCCUCAAGUCAGACCUGUACCUGGAGUACACCCAGACAGGGGAGGAGAGCCCCAAACCACCCAGCGACCACAGCUCCUCAUCGGGUACUGGUCCUGGGCCACCGGGGCCUGGCUACCUGCCCACCCUCACAGAGGACGUAGAGUGGAGGUGCCGGGAGGAGGGAGAGGAGGAGGAGGAGGAAGAGGAGGGCGGGGAUACGCAGGCCAGCAGGCUGACUCAGAGGUUGCUAAUGGAGACUGCUCCUCACAGAGUGUCGACCAAUCGGAGGGCAGGGGAUAGCAGAGAGUACAGACCGUGCAGAGAGCCGGUAGUUAACCCCUACUACGUAAACAUGGGUUACGCCCGCGCCCCUGCCACCAGUGCUAACGACAGCGAACAGCAGAGCAUGUCCAGCGCCUCCGACGUUGACACACUCUCACUGACCGACAGCAGUGUGGAUGCUAUUCCGCCCUACCGGUAUCGUAAACAGCAUCGUAGAGAGAUGCAUGACAGUGCCAAAGCCAACGGACGUGUGCCCCUACCUCAUAUACCUCGCACGUACCGCAUGCCGAAGGACAUCCACGUCGAGCCGGAGAGGUUUGCUGCUGACCUCAUCAGUCGACUGGAGGGAGUUCUGAGAGAGAGAGAUGCACAGGAGAGACUGGAGGAGAGACUGAAGAGAGUCAGACUGGAGGAGGAGGGCGACGACGCCGACGUCUCCAUGGUGAACUCCCUCCCCUCCUACGGCAACAAGCCCCUGCCCCCCUCCACCCCGUCCCUCCACCCCCACUACGGGUCCCGUUAUUCAGAGACCUCGUACAAUGGCGUUCUGGCGCUACAGGACGCGCACGAGGAGAACCCGGAGUCCAUCUUGGACGAGCACGUCCAGAGAGUGAUGAAGACGCCGGGGUGCCAGUCACCAGGCACCGGGAGACACUCACCCAAGACCCGCUCCCCCGACGGAGGGGUAGGGGUGUACCCUCCGCCCCACUCUGGGAGAACCCAGGGGCCUCCGGGGACCAAAGGUCACAAGCCAGGAGCCAAAGGAGGGGACCCGGCGGGGAUGGGAGCAGGUGUGUACCACCACAAGCAUGGAUACCACCACCCCCAGGGGGCACCAAGCCCAACGAACCCCAGAUGGAUGAGGUGGUGCUGGGUGGAGGCGGAGGCUCCAGGACCCAGGGGAGCGUCCUGUAACGGGGAGGCCCACCACUACGCUACCGGGAAGGGACGCAACUACGCGGACGGGGCUGGGACCAUGGACGCCUUGGGCUAUAGCAGUAAGGGCAGCACCCUAUCGAAGCGCGGCUCUAAGAAGGGGGCGGAGCCGGCAGGUAAAGGUGAUGAGGGGCGUGUCCAGGAGGCCCAGGUACCGCUGGAGGACCUGGAGAGAAACCACAAGAUACUGCAGUGGAUGAUGGAGGGGGAGGCACUACGACACAAGAAGAACACACACGGGAGUACUACAGGCUCCAGGAAGACCCAGGGGAGUGUGGAGGUGUCGAGGCCCAGCUCGGUGGAGCGUCCUGGGGCAGUGCACCCCUGGGUGAGCGCCCAGCUGCGGAACAACGUGCAGCCCUCCCACCCCUUCAUCCAGGACCCCACCAUGCCCCCCAACCCCGCACCCAACCCCCUCACCCAACUAGAGGAGGCCCGGAGGAGACUGGAGGAGGAGAGGAGGAGGUCCGCCCUGCUGCAGGCUAAGCAGAGGCAGAAGUCUUUAAGCAGUAAGAAGCAGGUGUCACAGUGUGACAACGUAACCGUGGCGUACUACUUCUGUGGCGAGCCCAUCCCCUACCGCACCACGGUCAAAGGUUGCGUGGUGACCCUGGGACAGUUCAAAGAGCUACUCACCAAGAAGGGCUUCUACAGGUUCUACUUUAAGAAGGUGAGUGAUGAGUUUGACUGUGGCGUGGUGUUUGAGGAGGUCAGAGAGGACGACGCCAUCUUGCCCAUCUUUGAGGAGAAGAUCAUCGGCAAGGUAGAGAAGGUGGACUGAACCAGGAAACAGGAAAUGGAGCCAGUAGGAAGUGGAGGAGGAACGAUGACGCGGAGGAAGAGGAGGUGGAGAGAGAGAGGGCUUUUGGAAGAGGAGGGAGGGAGGGAAUGUAAAGGAGGGUAGGAAAGGAUGAGGGAUGGGAUGGUCAACAGAAUGUCACUGCCUGGAUCAAGCGUAGAGGAACACACGUUUGGAAAGGAGGAUGAGACAGUGGGAUGAACAGGGUGAAAAAGACGAUUCCUAAACAGUCUUCCACUCCUGCUCUGGGGGAGUUGUUGUUCUCCUUCCAGAACCAGCUGCUGCUAAGUUGCUAUGGAGACAUCAUGGUGCUGGGAACAACAGAGGUUGACGGCCGAGUUCCAUUCCGGAAUCUCACUCCCUUCCCUUCAGUCCCUAGGCUCGUCGCUGAGGGGGCAGAGGGGCUGUAUGCGUCCCAAAUAGCACCCUAUACCCCAGUGAUCAUCAACUAGAUUCGGGCCACGGGCUGAUUUUUAUUCUUGAGCGAAUGGUCAGGUGGCCCGAGUAGAUAACUACAAAUAAUUUGUGGACUGCAAAUUGACCACAAGAAGCACAAACAUAUAUAAUAUUUGACUAAAACAUAAUCAUUUCAAACUUCUGGAAAUCUGAUAUCCAAAAUUCGAAUCACUUGGAGCUGAAAGCUGGUGUUUUUACAAGCUUUUAUAUUCCAAUGAAGCCCUUUGGGCCCUGGUCAAAAGUAGUGCCCUAAUAUAGGGAAUAGGGUGCAGCAAUGAGGUGAUGUUUUCAUAACGGAGCAGAGCCUUCAUCUCCUCGACAUGUGGACAUCAUAAUGACAUCAUAAAGAACCUUCAUGCUCCGUCCUCUGAUGAUGUCACCUAGCGAUGUCAAAGCAUUCUGUUCACCCAAACAAACAAACAAACAAACAUGUUCUAUAAAUCUCCUUUACUAAAGCUGUAUAUUUUUGAUACAACGCUAUGCCUACGGACAAAAGGAACAACAGUCUUUUUACCUGUAGACAUUUAUUAGUAUAUUUCUGGGUGGGUGUAAUGUACAGGGACUAGUAGGUUUUAACACAUGUACAGACUAGGGCGGCAUCCCAAAUGGAAUCCUGUUCCCUCUAUAGUGCACUGCUUUUGAUCAGAGCCCAUAGGGUAGCAGUGCGCUCUAGGAAAUAGGAUGCCGUUUGGGAUGCGGCCUGUGUGUUUCUAAACGAUCAAAGCUCGGUUGUGUCCCAAAAUUACACCCUAUUCCCCAGGUAGUGCACUAUUUCAUUUAGUGCACUACGUGGGGGUUAGGUUGUGGUUUGGGACUCAAUCCCUUGUGUUUUACAUAUGUAAAGGUUUUAUAUUUUAAAGCUAGCUGGCUGUGAGUCCUGUCAGGGCCGCCAUUUUUGUUUUCAGUCACUCCAUGCUUCUUCUCCAGGAGCCGCGUCAUGUCUGUUAUCCCAUUCAACUGCCUCCUGGCUGUGUGUCCCAAAGGCCACCCAGUGCCGCAGCAUGCCAUUUGGGACACAUCCUCUGACUUCUGUCCAAACCGAUCCCCUUACACCCUAGGUUGAUCCCUAUCCCCUACACCCUAGGUUGAACCCUAUCCCCCUACACCCUAGGUUGAUCCCUAUCCCCUACACCCUAGGUUGAACCCUAUCCCCUACACCCUAGGUUGAACCCUAUCCCCUACACCCUAGGUUGAACCCUAUCCCCCUACACCCUAGGUUGAACCCUAUCCCCUACACCCUAGGUUGAACCCUAUCCCCUACACCCUAGGUUGAACCCUAUCCCCUACACCCUAGGUUGAACCCUAUCCCCUACACCCUAGGUUGAACCCUAUCCCCUACACCCUAGGUUGAACCCUAACCCUUACACCCUAGGUUGGGAGUAGGGGCUCUGGGUUGGUUUGGAAUUCAGAAAACUGUCUUGUCGAUCGUGAAUGUACUGCAACUCUCCCUAACUUCUCCUCAGUCCCAGGGCCGGGCCUGUAUCUGUUUCAGAUCAAAAGCUGCCCCAUAGCACAGCACAGAUCUAGGAGCAGCUUGCCCUAAUCCAGGUUGUGUCUCAAAUGACACCCUGUUCCCUAUCUAGUGCACUACUUUUGACCAGUGUUCAUAGGGCUGUGGUAUGAAGUAGUGCACUAGAUGGGGUAUAUGGUGCCAUUUGGGAUGCAACCCCCCACACUCUCAGGAGAGGAAAAUGGUGGAACUGUCUUAGCAUCCGUUUUUACUCCCAAGCCCUGUCAAGGUUCCUGGACUGUAUGUUCUAUGUAGUACGUUGUAUUUCUACAAUGAACUGAUCUACGGUGCGUUGAUCUAUGUAAACAGCCAAAGAACAUCAUAACCUGUCUGUGUCCGUACACUGUCUGUGUCUCUGUCCGUACAGUUAGCCCCGUCGUGAAAUAUCUUGUUUUAUUGUGUAUCUGUCUGCAUGGCAGAAAUUAACAUGGUUAUCCCUAUUGCCCCCAAUAGUCCAGUCUAUAAUGUGGAGUUAAAUGUAUUGGGUUUUAAAUCACCUUCUGGGGAAACAGUGCCUACAGGUGACUUGUACUCCGAUCUGGUCAAAGAGGGUAAAAUACACAAUAGGAAUACUUCAUCCCCAAAUCCAAGAUGGCGGCCCACUAUAAAUCCAAGAUGGUGGCCCACUAUAAAUCCAAGAUGGUGGCCCACUAUAUCUCCCCCCUCUGAACUAUAACAUUUUAGAUGAAAAUAAAUGUGUUUAUACAAUAAUAUCUGUCCAAUAAUCUCCAAGCAUGUUCUUAUUUUAUAUUGAAUGUCUUUUACGAUUAUACAUGAUUUUAGUUUGUUUUAUUUGUAGUAAACUACAUUGCCCCCUUUGAAUGGUAUUUAAUGCUAUGUUAUUGGAAGUAUUGGGGGAUGUCCCGAAUGGUACACUAUUCCCUAUAUAGCACACUACUGGCCUCUGGUCGAAAGCAGUGCACUAUAUAGGGAAUAGGGUGCCAUUUGAGACAUUUCCUUGUAAUUCUCAUAAAUGAAUGGGAAAGCUGUAAGGGUCCUUUUUUAUAACGGUCAUUAUUAUUGUCAUUUAAUUUAACUAAGUCCUUACAGGGUCACUACAGAGUAUGUGGGCUGAUCUAGGAUCGGUUUUAACCUUCUUUUUUUUUUUGAUCGCAAUGAAUAACAUUACAUGGACGGGGAUCCUAGAUCCAGCCAAUCUACAAUGAGAAGCUUUCUGAAUACAGGCCCAGACACCGCAGUCGUGGUGGUGUGAAAACAGUGCCUUUUUAAUACCAGCGUAACUUUAGAUCACCGAUUGUCAUAGAACCUGUCAGUACAUGUAUUAGCCUGUAGGUGGUGCUGUUUUUAAAUUACUGUCGUUUUGUUUGUUAUUUUCAACCAACAUUACAUCAUUUUUGUUUAUUAUUUUCAACCAACAUUACAUCAUUUUGUUUAUUAUUUUCAACCAACAUUACGCCGUGUCGGUCUGGACAAGCCUACUCUUCACUAUGUAAAUAUGUACAUUGCCAUAUUUCCUAUGUUUCAGUCCUCACCCGUUGACAGACAGCCGGUCUCUGAGGUUUAUUGACUACAGACUACACAGAGACUGCAGAGCGCUGGAUUCACUUGUACAUUUCUUUUUAAAAAGGUACUUCGUUAAUAAAUACAUUGAAUAAAUACGA